UUGAAGCAUAAGGUUGUAACACUCACAUUUUCGGUUUAUAUCCCAAGUUGCAUCGCGCCAUUUUCGGUUACGAUUCCAUGCUCACUGGUUUCUCCAAUUUGUAGCUCCGGUUUCGAGUUCACUGGUCUCAGGCCUGCGUUGGUGUGUGAAUUCAUACAAGUUCCCUUAUCAUUCAUUGCUGGAGAUGAUGUGCAGAACCUUCCCUUAAGUGAAAUGGCCUCAAUCUUCAACAACCAGCCAAUUGAGUGUCUCAGAUCAUUUUGGAUUAAAAAUCUUAGGAGCAAAGAACUAAGGAAGAUUGGAUAUGGCAACUAGACGCGUUCAUUACGCUCCUCUUGCCACGGAUGAGGAUGAUUAUAUUGCUGCUAGAAGUAGACCAUUUGACCCCCGAUUUGAUUAUAUCCCAAAAGCCUUGGAUAAAGUUCCCUGGAAAUCCAUUGUCCUUGCACUCUUCCUGUUAUUUCUCGGUACAGGACUACUAUUUCUGUCAUACUUUAUCUUCACUGGUCAUAUGGGGGGAGAACGGUCUCAAGCUUAUGGCCUUUUAGCCCUUGGCUUUCUUAGCUUUCUCCCAGGCUUUUAUGAGACUCGAAUUGCAUAUUAUGCAUGGCGGGGUGCCAAAGGAUUCUGCUUUUCUGCCAUCCCUGAUUAUUAGAGCAGUUGAGCUAUAUUUGAAAACUGUCAGUCAUCUUCAGAUUUGGCUGCUACCCCGUAUGCUUCAAUGGUUUAGAUGGAAUGACACUAUAGAAUUGUGUGAAUCAUAUUUGUUAUUUAAGUAUUUUUUGGUGAAA